AUGUCUGAUGAAUCAACCUGGCCUUACUACAACUUGAAUCUUGAGAGCAUUGCUGUCAACGGGCAACUUCUCCCAAUCAAUCCAGUAGUAUUUGCACCAUCAAAAUCUGGCGACCGAGGAACUGCUAUUGACAGUGGUACAACAUUGGCAUAUCUUGUUCAAGAAGCCUUCGAUCCUCUUGUCAAUGCAAUAACUACUGCUGUGUCACAAUUUAGCAGUCCCUCUAUAUCAGAAGGAAACCUGUGUUAUCUGGUCUCAACCAGCAUAGAUAUUUUUCCUUCAGUUAGUUUUAACUUUGCGGGUGGGGCAACCAUUGAGUUGAAACCAGCACAAUACCUUGUGCACUAUAUUUUAAUGGACGCUGCAAAAUGGUGCAUAGGUUUUCAGAAGGUGGAAAGUGGAUUCUCAAUAUUAGGAGAUCUUGUCCUAAAAGAUAGAAUAGUUGUCUAUGACUUGGCUAAUCGGUGCAUUGGAUGGACUAACUAUAAUUGUUCCAUGCCUGUCAAUGUCUCUGUAACUCUGAGCAAGGACAAGAACUUCAAUCCAAGAACUAGAUGAUCGAGUGCCAACAGUCUAGAGAUGAGGAUUCUCUCCAAGCUAUUAUAUGUAACAUUGUGGCUCUUUUUCUGCCUAUAAUACAAUCUUCAUGAAGUCACUCACUACAUUGUAAUUUAAAUCCAAUAUUCAAGUGACAACUCAUAGAAAAGGAAAGAUUUGAUCUUAAUUGAUGUAAUUUUACUAAUUAAUUGUCAUCUCCUUUGUGACUUAUUAACACCUAAAGUCAAUUCUACCAUUAACAGAAUGCAACGUGUUAUGCUAUUAUCA